GCACAGGGUAGACUAGCUCCAAUCAGUCACCACCGGGAGAAAUAAUAACCAAACCCGCCCCUGGCCCUGGGCCCUUCCUACUGCCGGCCGGGCGCGAUGAAGUCACGGAGGCGGGUGACGCAGCACGCCGGCUGGCCGGGCAACUCGUCUCACACAGUGAUGUGAUGUGUUCCAUGUAGGGAGCAGAGGAGAGGGUGCAGCAGCUUGCAGGAUUACCAGAAGUGCAUUCCCAUCAUGCAUCAGAAGCUGCUGAAGAGUGCCCACUACAUAGAACUGGGUAGUUACCAGUAUUGGCCAGUACUGCUCCCCAGGGGAAUUAGACUUUAUACCUAUGAGCAGAUCCCGGUUUUCCUCAAAGACAAUCCAUACAUUACUGAUGGCUACAGAGCUUAUCUUCCAUCCCGUCUGUGUUUGAAAAGCCUCUUUGUUUUAUCCAAUGAGACUGUUAACAUUUGGAGUCACUUGUUUGGUUUCCUGCUCUUCUUCAGUCUGGGGGUUUACGACAUGAUGUCCGUUUUGCCAUCAGCAAAUGCUUCCAGGGAAGAUUUUGUUAUCUGUUCCAUCUGCCUUUUCUGUUUUCAAGUCUGCAUGUUGUGCUCCGUGGGAUAUCACCUCUUUUCUUGUCAUCGAUCAGAGAAAACCAGCCGACGAUGGAUGGCAUUGGAUUACGCUGGCAUUUCAAUCGGCAUCUUGGGUUGCUAUGUAUCUGGGGUGUUCUAUGCGUUCUACUGUAACAAUUAUUGGCGUCAGGUGUAUUUAAUCACCGUGCUAGCUAUGAUCUUGGCAGUGUUCUUUGCACAAAUUCAUCCCAGCUACCUCACCCAGCAGUGGCAUAGACUGCGCUCCGUUAUAUUUUGUUCAGUCUCUGGCUAUGGAAUAAUUCCCACCGUCCACUGGAUUUGGCUGAAUGGAGGUAUUGGGGCUUCUAUUGUCCAGGAGUUUGCUCCCCGUGUCAUUGUGAUGUAUACCAUUGCAGCUGCUGCUUUUCUGUUUUAUAUUUCCAAAGUUCCAGAAAGGUAUUUUCCAGGACAGCUAAACUACCUUGGUUCCAGUCAUCAGUUGUGGCAUAUACUAGCAGUUGUGAUGUUGUAUUGGUGGCACCAGUCGACCGUGUACAUCAUGCAGUACAGACAUAGCCAGCCAUGUCCGUCAUAUGUGGAACAUCUGUGAUGUAAGAGAGAAUGACACUAUAAUAUCAUCUUGAGAGAGCAGCUACUACUGAAAGUGUUAAUGAAGACAUCUGAAAGCUUUAACUUGGAUGUUGGUAUAAUUUGUCUUUUGCUGUGACAAACCCAUAAGAGCAGUGUGGACAUGCUUUCAGUAUUCAGGUGGAGUUCACCAGGCACUGAAUAGUUUGCUACAGACACUAAGUUUAUGGUGCGAUCCUGAACAAAUUUCCGAAAAAGGUGAUGGUCCAUUGAUAAUGGAGUGAGGCUUGGAACUGCAGCAGUCAUGGCCUUGAGAGAAAAUACCAUUCGGUCUUCCAUAACUUGUCAUUACAUGUCAGAUGGGAUCAGUCACUGUCUAUGGUCCUGUAAACAUAUGGCCUUGCAGAGACAAACAUGGUCAAACAUUCCAUUUUAUUUUCUGGGAUGACUGUUCAUUGCAAAGGACUUUAAAACCUCUUUAUAUCAAGGUAUAUUUCUUAUUGCUUUUAAAAAGCGGUAAUUGAGUGUGAUUGUAGACAUUAAAGAACCCUCCACCCCUUUUUUGGUAA